GAGGGCGUUAUAGUGAUAGGGUCUCCCAACAGACUAGUCACCUGCAACAAUAGGCAAUAAAACCUUACCCUGCUGCUGCUGCUGCUGCCACCGCACUCAAUCUGACAUCCAGGAAAUUCUCUGCCACUGUCCUUCAACUUCACAAGCAUCUGUGAUUUACCUUCAUCAUGGCUGUGAGAAAUCAACCCGGACCAUAUCAGGCCUCUGAAUUCCAGACCAGCGUGUUGGAUUGCUGCGACGAUUGUGGAACCUGCUGUUAUGGAUGUUGCUGCUACUUGUGCCUCGGUUGCACCAUCGCCAGUGACAUGGGCGAGUGCUGCCUGUGCGGUCUGGGCAUGCCCAUCCGCAGCGUCUACAGGACCAAAUACAACAUCAAUGGCUCCAUGUGUAAUGACUUUAUGGUGACCUGGUGCUGUCCGGUCUGCGCCACCUGCCAACUGAAGAGAGACAUCGACCGCAGGAAGGAGCAGGGCAUCUUCUGAUUGGGUAAGCUGCUUGUAACUGUACCAAAACACUUGGAUGUACUAUUUCACAGUGUGUUAUGUUGUCUUUCUGAGCUGUUAAAUUGACGGAAAGUAACGUAAGCUUUUUUAUUUUCUCUUUCUAGAUUCUUCUACGACACAAGAAAAGUCUGCCUGAAAUGCUCUCAAAGAUUUGCAAAUGAAGUCUUAUAUUUGAAUUAAUUAACUGAGCAUGUUUGAUUUUUUAUUACAACUUUGACCCAAUGAGGACAAUAAGAAUGUCAUGCAUAACGUUAAAUAUUAGCUUUCAGCGGCACACCUUGAGGGUGGAGAACAGCAAUAAAAAAUCAGCUGACAGGAUGUGGACAAGAGUCCUGUUGACUUUCAUUGCGAAAUCAAGUCGUUAAGUUCAUGUUUCUGUUAUGGGAAAAAACCACACAUGACUGCAGACAGCAUUUCCCAAUUCCUCAAAUGGUUUUCCAACAGUUCUUGUUUCCUUUGUUAAUCUCAGUUUGACAGUUGAACUAUUGAAGUGUUUUUAAAAUUCAUCUGAUGAUCUUCUGACAUGCUUA